GUCAAUGUGCCGCCCUCAAUCGGCCAAUUCGCCGCUUUUUUCCUCCGAUCUAAAUGAAAGACUACAUCGAGGGAAUGCCGCCAUCAUCGAUGUCGCCAUUCGUCACCUCUCUUAAGAUGCGUAUAAAGAUAACCAUGAUGCAGUCACAGCACGGGCACCUGUCGCUCGUUUGUUAAGGAUUGCAAUCCAAGCCCAAGUUCUAGCCUCGAUUGUUCAGUAUGGCCGUCUCCAAGGACUAUGGCAGACGCCUCGCCAUUACGAUUGUGGAUGAAAGGGCCCGUGACGACCCUGAGCGGGUUUCAUAUUCGCUCUCACUUUCGAGCGAUAUCUCCAAGGGAUUCCGGGAUAUCACCGCCAAGGACUUCGCAAACGCUGUCAACAGGACGGCCUGGUGGCUAGAGUCAAAAUUGGGGAAGGGCUCGUCGUUCCCGACCGUCGGGUACAUUGGUCCUCUAAACGACUUUCGAUAUAUCUUGCUUAUCCUUGGUUGCGUCAAGGCGGGCUACAAGGCUCUUUUACCGUCUCCGCGGAACAGUGUCGAGGCCACGGUGGCGGUACUGAACGCGUCCAAAUGUGACAUAUGGGUAUCUCCAAAGGAGCAGCCGGAAAUGCUGCCGCAGCUCCUCUCCCGGCGCCCUAUGAAGGUAUUGGAGAUCCCCGAAACCGACGAUCUCCUAUGCGCGACACCUGUUCCACUCUAUCCAUACAACAAGACUUUCCAGGAGGCGGCCAGAGACCCUUUUUGUGUGCUUCACACCUCGGGAUCGACUGGCCUUCCGAAGCCCAUCGUCUGGAGUAACUCCCUGCUCGGCACUUUGGAUGCCACUCGUUUAUUGCCAGAAAGCGAGGGACGGCCUCCUUGGACUGUCGUCUUCGAUGAAGGCGACCGGUUCUACUCAGCAUUUCCCCUCUAUCAUGGCGCCGGAUUGAUUAUGAAUAUCCUGAUCACGGCCUUUUAUGGCACCAGCAACGUGCUUGGCCCGGUGGGUGUACUUUCAACAGUUAACCUUAUUGAUUCUCUCCUCGACAACACAGACAUCAAAGUCUGGAGCAUUGUCCCUUCGAUAGUGGAUGAUAUAGGAGACACGCCUACCAUAUCCGCGAAGUUUGCAAGUUCCAAAAUCAUAAUUGCAUCUGGGGGCCCGGUCACUUACGCCAGCGCCAACAAGGCCAACGAAUAUGUUCGAAUACUAAACAUCACCGGUACCUCUGAAGGUCUUUUCCAAGGAAGUCUUCUCGUGGAGCGUGAGGACUGGAUAUACUUUUCCUUCCACCCCUAUGCCGGAUUUGACUUCAGAAAGAUCGACGAUGUUAUCCACGAGCACUGGGUGAUUCGAAACGAGAAAUACACCGACCUCUAUCAGGGUAUUUUCCAUACGUUCCCUGAUUCUAAGGAAAUGACCCUAAAGGAUUUGUACGCUCCACAUCCCACAAAGCCAAACUUGUGGAUAUAUAGAGGGAGAACGGAUGACAUGCUUGUGAUGUCAAAUGGAGAGAAGAUCCACCCUCUGGCUGCUGAAGCAAUCAUCAACAGCCAUCCAGCCGUCAGCGCUUGCCUUAUGCUUGGAGCUGGUCACGCAAUGACCACGCUUCUUGUCGAGCUGAUAGACCCCGAACCAUCAUUAACGGCAGAGCGCGAGGCGCUUCUAGAUAGCAUCAUGGAAACGGUCCAUGUUGCGAACGCCAGUGGGGCCAGGGAGGCACGCAUAUUUCGGGAAUGUAUCAGGUUUGCGAAGCCCGACAUGCCAUUCGUCCGAACAGACAAAAACACCGUCAAGCGCCGCGACACGACUAUCCUGUAUGAGAAAGACACCGAGGACUUUUACAAGGGGCUGCUGGAAAAUGGCAACCUUGCAGCCCACAUCGACAUUACCUCCACCACCACAAUAUCUCAAGGCAUCCUACACCUGCUGGUAACGGCUUUACCUACGGUAAAGGAAAUCGGACCGGAUGACGAUCUUUUCAACGCCGGAGUCGAUUCCCUUGUCGUUUUUAGCAUCUCCAAUUCUCUUCGCUCAGCUCUUGGGAAGCACAAUGUCAGUGAAGAGACAAGAUCUGCAUGUACCGCCAAGUUUGUGUAUAGUCAUCCAACCAUCAACUCACUCACAAAGGCCGUCUACAAUCUGGUUCACGAGAUAGCUGAUACCGUUGAUACCUCCGUCGAUUUGCAAAGGGAGAUCGUGGCCAAGUUUCGUGGUCAAUACACCGCUGACUUGCCAUGCGCCACUCCCAAGCGGAAAGCAUUCGAUGCUACAGCAGAUGGCUGCACGGUUAUUUUGACGGGAAGCACCGGAUCCUUGGGGUCUUACUUGCUCGAAUCUCUCGUGUGUCAAGAGCAGAGCGUGAACAAAAUCUACUGCCUCAACAGGGCAGAGGAUGGCAAGGCGAAACAGACUACAGCCAGCGAGUCGCGAGGGUUGACUACAGAUUGGCCACCACAGAGAGUCGAAUUCCUGCAGGUCGACGUGUCGAAACCAAGAUUCGGACUUGGAGAGGAAACCUACAACUGUCUUCUUGAGCAGACAACGCAUAUAAUUCACAACCAGUGGCCGGUAAACCACAACUGGGAUAUCGCCUCUUUUGAGCCUCAGAUCCGCGGCGUCCGGCACCUGAUUGAUUUCUCGCUCAACAGCAACCGCAACGCCUCCUUGUUCUUCGUAUCGACCGCUGGCACCGUCAGUCACCUGAGCCCAGACGGUGUCGUUCCUGAGGCACCGAACCAUGUCCUAACCACGAGGGUUGACGGCUACGGUUCCGCCAAACACACAUCCGAACUCAUCCUCGAGGAUGCUGUGGCCAGGUCUGGCGUAAAUGCCUCGAUAUGUAGGGUGGGACAGAUCGCAGGGCCGGUGCUACGAGGACCCGCAAAAGGCAUGUGGGGGAAGCAAGAGUGGCUGCCGACGAUGAUUGCAAGUUCCAAGUACCUCGGCGUCCUGCCUUCGACGCUCGGACCCCAGAACCGAGUCGAUUGGACACCGGUGGACCUGCUCGCCGACAUCGUUGUCCAGCUAGCCGGAGUAGCCCUCGGCGGCAUUAACGGCGUUAACGGCGCAGGCGCCGCUGGCACAAGUGCAGCCAACGGCUUUUCGUCCACCACCGCUACUACCACUCGCUCCCUACCCGUCUAUCAUGCUGUCAACCCCAAUUCCGUCGACUGGUCAAGCCUAGUCCCAGCGGUGGCAAGACAUCUCGGUGAAUCUGUCAAGAUCGUGUCAUGGGCCGAGUGGGUGGACCAUCUGCGGAAUUCCCAGCGUGAAGCGACGGGCACGCUUAGCUUGAAGCAGAACCCGGGGCUGAAGCUGCUUGAUUCCUUCGAGGCAUUGGCCGAGGCAGCGGUAGAAGGAAAGGAUUGCCCUCGUCUCGAGACCAAGGAGACGCUGGCGAAGAGCCCCAAGAUGGCUAUGCUCAAGCCGGUUUCUGAGGAGUGGAUGGACUUGUGGUUGGAGCAGUGGAAGUUUUAGAUGCCCUGGCUGCUAGGACUGCCUUCACUUCGCAGGAAAGGCGCAGUUUGAGAAGAAAAUAACGUGUUGCAAUUGUCGAGUGGAACCAUAAUUGUGAAGUUGAACAGGGCUUCAACCUGACUAUGCUAUGAAUUUCGAGAUAGAAUAUGUGGGGUGCUGCAGCUGAAUUUCACUUAAUGUGAAACCAACAGAUUCUGCUGGGACUUUAGUGCUGUUAUUUGUUUUAACAUAACUAUUAUGAUCUGCAUUCACCAUCAUAUAACUAGUUUGAACUAGU